AUGAAUUCCGAGUUCGAGUUCUCAGAGGCAAAACCACCUUUAUCUGCCAUGGGACAUGUGGUGGAGUCUAUUGGAAUCGAUAAUGACAGCCAGAUCGACUCAAGAGUAUACCAUGAGAACUGUAUCCGCUGUUGUGUUUGCGAUGUACAGCUGCAGGAAAAAUGCUACGAAAAAGAAGGCCAACUAUACUGUAGUGCUCACUACUUCAAGGACUGCAGCCCUUAUCGAUGCUCCGGUUGCAAACUUGGCGUUUCCCCCACUGAUAUGGUCUACAAGCUAAAAACAGGUAUGGUGUUCCAUGUGGAUUGUCAUGCCUGCAUUCGAUGUGGUCGUCGACUGUCUCCUGGUGAGCAGAUUCUGGUGGACGAGGCAGCGCAAAGCGUCGCGUGCAUGCAACAUUUCUAUACAGGCGUUCGAGUGUACGCAUUGGGAACGUACGAGCUAUAUAACCUGCACUGUUAUAUGGCGAAAGCUUCCCAUACAUUGCAAAAAGGUGCUGUCGUCCAGCACACCGCCGAAGCCCAUAACCUGAAAGGUCAACUGCCUGAAGGGGGCAUGGAAUCUUUGGCAACAACCAUUCGUUUCGUCACGCUGAACUGCCGAACACUAUCGAGUGAACUCCAACAAGCCGCUCUAUCCAGACUUCUGCGAUAUCUCUGUGUGCCUUUUGCUGCACUGCAGGAAACACGCAUGAGGGAUCGGCCCGUCAUCAGCAUCGAAAAUUACACCGUGUACUGCGGCGAUGCUGAUUAG